AUUAUUUUUUAACGUAUUACCUUGAAGUUAUAUGGGUAUAUAUUGUAAUAUUUUGACAGAAGUUUCAUUCUGAAAGUCCAGUUCUUAGCAAGCACCAUGCUCAAAUAUUCAAUCUGCGUUAUACUGCUGGUUGCAGUGCUUGAAAGGAGAGUCCAGGCAGAUGUUUCGAUAGGAGGUCAAAUACCUGAAGAAGAUGUGAAAGGCAUGAAACCCAACGCACCAGCUCCACCUUCUGAAGGAGAUCCAACUCACCCUGGAGGUCAAAAAGGCCACCGAUACCUAGGAGUGCAAGGAGGACCAGGAUCAAUUCCAGGUCAAAUACCUGAAGAAGAAAUAAAAGGCAUGAAACCCAACAGACCAGCUCCACCUUCUGAAGGAGAUCCAACUCACCCUGGACGUCAAAAAGGCCACCGAUACCAAGAAGUGCAAGGCGGACCAGGAUCAAUUCCAGGUCAAAUACCUGAAGAAGAAAUAAAAGGCAUGAAACCCAACGCACCAGCUCCACCUUCUGAAGGAGAUCCAACUCACCCUGGAGGUCAAAAAGGCCACCGAUACCAAGAAGUGCAAGGCGGACCAGGAUCAAUUCCAGGUCAAAUACCUGAAGAAGAAAUAAAAGGCAUGAAACCCAACGCACCAGCUCCUCCAGAAGGAGGAGAUCCAAGUAAAUAUAUUUUACUAUAUCUGUUGAUAGAUCUUAGCCUCAACAUUAACCUACAUUUUUAUAAAAAUAAAGAAAACACUUUUCAACAUCUGGGAAUUAUAGGAAUUGGAUUAUCCUGGGCCAUGCUUGCGGCGGCGUCGGAUCGGAUCAAUAAAUCUAUAUAAUGUUUUGAUGCUAUUACUAAAUAUGACAGUUAUCACAACUAACAUGUUCACGAAGCAUCCUUACACAAACAAUGAAUUUAAGUUCUAAAGGUUGAUGUGUCCAAUAUACUUUAUAUUUAUAUAUAUUUUUUCAAAUUAUUUUUUAUAAAAUAAUUUGUGUACAAGCCAGAGAGGAUAUCUUUAUCUCCAGAUGGAGUUGAUGGCAAUAAAAUUAGAUAGAAGUCCCAGAAAUUUUAUUGCAAAAGUAGGAUUGGUGAUUGGAUUGAGCGUCUUGGUCUGUUUGAGCCAAGUAAGCACAGUUUUUUUCUCUCCAUUGGGAGAGUGGUAUUUUACCGGGGAUGUCACCCACUUCUGUCUUAGUUGCGUGUGACGGGGACAUAUAUUUGACGAGCGACACAGCACCUUUGAUUUACACCGGGUCCUUUUAUUUAUUUAGAGAUAAGCAAAAAAAUUAUAAUAAUAAUAAACUUUAUUGGCAACAUAAUUACACUGCUAAAAUAGGUCAUAGUUUAUAAUAUAAUAACUUUAACAAACAAGUCAUUUUAACAUAAAAUAUUAGAUUAAAAUAAGUUAACCAAAAUUAUAAACUUAAACUAUAAAAACCACUAAAAAAUAAUUAAAACAGACCUAGUAAAAUUAAAAUAAAUAAAACAAUUAGAUUGAGGAGCAGUACAAUCACUUUAGUAUUGCCAAUCGGAGGCCCACUCAGUAUACGUCGAGCCUUCAGAGACUCGACACUGAUUUUCAGUAGGCACCGUGUUACGCAGCACGGACAGCGACUGCGGUAUACAAAUACUUCCUACAUCUUCAAUUACAAUUUAAAUACAUAUUUCUACACUAAAAGCAAAAUUUUAUAACUAUAUUAGCAAAAUAAAUAAAAUAUGACACUAUUCUGAGAUUUAUAAAUUUUUAUAACACAACUACAGUCAUAGUUUAGUGUUGAAAAAUGUAAACUUCGCGGACACAAAGAGAAUUCGGGUAUAAAGUGAAUAAGAAGAAAGAAAAAAUAAAUUGGCAAUAGACACGUUAUUUGGCCAUAACAAAAAGAUAAUAUUCAUUUAUUUUCAAAUACUUUUACCUAUUUAUGCCGCUUCUUAUUUUGUAUGUUUAAUAUGCCCAUAUGUCAGACUCAGAUCGAAAUCGACCACCGACUCAAAUCCUCGGAGCCUAAGCGGUAAAAAUUACAGCUCACAGCCGCGGAGAGUCAUUAUUCCACGGGACUCAAAUCAUGGACCGGCUGUAUGAUUUGUAUGAACCUAUUCGUGAAUAUAAUAUAUAUAAGACAGUUAUCGAGACUAUCAUAUUCCCAAAGCAUCUAUACACAAACAAUAUAUUCAAGUUCUAAAAGAUGCAUGCGUUCAGUAGAGGUUAAUUUAUAAAGUAUAGGUAAAUUUUGAGGACCGCUUCCACAUGUACGAGUGUGCUGAUGUAAUAAUGGUAACGCCAUGCAGAGACACAUCGUAUCAUGGACUGCGUUCAUUUGGCGGUCAUGCGCUUGGGCAAGCCCCCUCCACUGACGACGUCUUCGUUGACUUCAAUGUACAUAAUACUUAAAGACCGAAGGUACUGUCUUUAAUCCUGAGAUCAUCAAUUAAAUCUGUUAAAUUAUUGUUUAACCAACUAUAGUAUUAAUUUAAUCAUCAAAUUUUUAAAUUCACUUUUGAAAAAAGCGCAUCUUUCUGAAACACUAGCAACGCUCCUGUGAUUCUUCUGGUGUUGCAACAGAGUGUGGGCGGCGGUGAUCACAUCAAGUGAUACGUUUUUCCUCCUCUUCCAUGAAAUAAAGGCUUUUAAGAAGCUUAUUAUUAAAUAUACCGAAAAAAAUUGCCGAUAAGUGACUCGUAAAAUUUAUUUACCCUGGAAGUAGGCAUUGACAGUUUAUGUUGUUCUUUGAAAUUCUGUUGAAAUUUAUUGACAUUUUUAUGAACACAUUAUACAAAUGUUCAUAUAUAUUGGUUUGAAACAGUCACAGUUUUAAGAAUCUUAAAUUAAGAUCAGUAGCAUAAAUCGUACAUCACCAUUCUUGGUCCCAAAGAGCGAAUUUAUAGUAAAAUUGCCCAAACAGCUCUUUUUUGCAGCAGCAUUUCAAUAUACCACCUUUAAUAAUAUACCACCUAACGGAGCAAGAAAAAGGCGAUAUUAACUAUACCUAUCUGUUUUUUUUUUUUAAAAGCUGUUCUUUGCUUAACAGGUAACUUAGAUGAAGUGAAUUUCAUCAUUUCGUUUUCUUACCAUUAUGUUAUAAAUUAUUAGCUGCAAUCCAAUUUACAGCAUUAGUUAAAUCAUUAUUAGCAUCAUCAAACAAUACAAUUAAAAAUUACCACAGUUAUCCAAGUAACUGAGUAAGAUCUAAGGAACCAAAACUGAUAUAUUGAGCCAUUCGCGGUAUCGCCUUAAUACGGCUUGCACUGAGACAUGCAUGGCUUAAUCUUUGAGACAAGCAUAUAACUACUGGCAGGAUCAACCAGGGAGCUGCAGCAAACAACGAUGGUUGUCGCGCUCAGCGCGUCAUGCGUCGCGAUCUCCCCUUAGGGCGUCGCGACUAUGACAUCUUGAACAUAUCGUGAGAUAUCCGUUCGCGCACUGUAUACUAUAUAUCUCAAAGGCAUACGGUGCGCGUUGAACGAAUCAUAAAUCGGCGAUGGGCCGAUUGUAUGUUAUGAAAGUUCAAUUUUAUCUAUGGUCUUAUAAUGGAGAUCAUUAAUAUAUAUUAUAAUAAUAUUAUAUUAUUAAUAAGGAACCCAGAAAGCCCUAAAAUCGUGCCCUGUGGAACCCGCAUUGCAACCAUUGAUCAAGAGGAGUGCUUUCGUUUUAUUUAAAUGUUUGUUAUGUUGCAAAAUCAAUUCAUUUUAGAUAAAUAUUUAAAAAAGCAUCAAAUAAAAUAAAGACGACUUGGAAUAUCUGGAAAUCAGGAAAAGUGAAAAUCAUAAAUAAUACGAGAAUCCACUCUCAAAGUAGUUGCCUUUGUUUUUGAGGUUUCUUUUUCUGACAUUUCAGAUUCUAACACAAACACACUUCUACAAGUAUUGCAAAUCGAAUUUAUGAAUAUACAUACAUUGUUUAUAAUUAUUAACUCACUGACCUGUAUAAAUACCACUGGACAGGGUGUUCCAUACGUUUCACAGCAAAUUUUUUGUGCCUAUUUGAAGCGCCACUCGCGAGCGUCCAGAGAACUAAUUAUGACGUAUAAUACAAAUGGCUGCGACAGAAGCGUACAAUACUCUGAAGUAUUUUUGCAUUUUGAAUUAAUUUCGUUCGUUUUCCGAGCUAUGUACACUUCAGGAAUCAACGUUAUAAAGUACACAUUUUUUUGUUUUUGUAAAUAUUUUUCCACCAUCUAUCGGUGCUUAUUUAGCUGAGGUCGUCAUAACUAGUUUAAGUACCACAGACUCUCGCUAUGGCCAACAGCGCCAUAAUGGCGAAUAUCAAACGGGGACAAAAGUACUUUGACAGCCGCCAGUCCAGUGGUAAAUAGUAGAGUUCAGUGUAUUAACUAAUUAUUAAUUAUUAAUAAUGGCCAGGCUUUAUAGAACCACAGAGUAAUAAUUAGUAAUUAAUGUAGAUCUGGGUCAAGUUGACAUUGAAGUACCGCAACGCGUUUUAUUAUUUUAUCAUAAUAUUAUUAUUUUUUAAUUUAUUACAUAUAGUAAGUGCAAAAUAAACUUUUUAAAAUUGUUUUAAAUUUUGUAGUGUUGCCUUCACUGCUAGUAUAAUAUUUUUUUGUAUUUUUAAUGUAAUGUACCUUCUUGCAGAUACCGAUGCCGCUCGCAGAGGACCUCCAUUUUAAAUCUAAGUCCAUUUUAAGAAUUGUAUUUUUAAC